UCACAUACGAGUCUCGAGAGAGUGGUCCGAAACUGUGCAUCAUGUGAUGAAUGAUGGAUGAAUGACAGGGUGAGCUGGGAUGGGAUGGGAUGCGCAAUGUAGCAGGAGGAAAAAUUCAAAAGUUUAAAAAUGCGAGUGAACAGUGGAGUGAAGCGUGCCGCGGCGAAAGAGAGGGCGACGACCGAAAGAAAGGAGCGAUAAAAAGUGAUGAAAGACGACGAGCAGUCGGAACCGGGAGUUUCUGACGAAUGAACGCCAGCUUGUACAAUCCUGUCGAGGCAGUUCGCUCGAUCGCUUCCUCUCUUUUCUCCUCCUCUCCUCUCCUCUCCUCUCCAGAUCCACGCGCAGAUUGGGUGAGAGAGGGAGAGAGUGAGAGGAAGAGUGGGAACUGACUGCGGACGCUACAAGCAUUCCCUUCGUCCUCUUCUCGUGACUGAAGGCGACGAGCAGCGCCAAACGGGUUUAGAUGUCUGAUCUAUGAAGGAGUUGGGAGCUUCAGACUGUCGGUGCUGCCCAUGUUUGGAUGCUUGGAAGGUGAAGUUGGACUGCGCGUGUCGGAGGUUAUUUGAGGUGCAGUAUCUGCGCUGUGAAGGAGUAAAUGUGGACGUUUAUGUUUCGAGUUUGCGUUCGUGAUAUCAAGCUCCGGCAGAUGUUUACUGUCGAAGAUAUCUGAAGAUUUCAUGAACUUCGAGCUGAAAUGGCGUUGGAAACUUGUGACUGAGGAGCAACAGGAUUGUGCCCAACAUGGCUAUAGCGAGGACGGGAGUUUUUGUCGAUGACUAUUUGGAAUAUUCCAGCUCUCUACCCGCAGAACUGCAGCGGCUUUUAUCAACCAUGAGGGAAUUGGAUGAACGUUCUCAGACAAUGGUUUCUCAAUUGCGGGAUCAGACAAAGAUGUGUUUAAAUUUGCCCUCUCAACACUCCAAAAAGUCUACCCCUGAACAAGAGGAGGCUGUGGCGAAACUGCGGCGUGAAAUAGAAGUCAAUCAAGAAAAUACUUACAGUCUGUGCACAGAAAAGGUUUUGCUGGCUCAGCAAGCCUAUGAUUUGAUUGAUCAGCAUGUAAGGAGAUUGGAUGAAGAUUUGCACACCUUUGCUGAUGAUUUGAGACAAGAGGGAAAGAUACCACAAGAUGAACCUGCUAUUCUGCCAAUGCCAACCAGUCGGGAGGAAAAGAGGAAGGGUCAGUUUAUGACCCCCCUCGCUAAGAGGUUGGGCAUGGAAAGAGACAGGGAUCGGGAGAGGGAUCGGGACCGCGACAGAGAACGCGAAAGGGAUCGUGAGCGAGACAGUGAGCUCAUGCCUCCUCCUGGUAGUCACAAAAAGAAAAGUCUUCCACCGCCAACAGAUGAUGUUGAUCAGCCAAUUGAUCCAAAUGAGCCCACCUACUGCAUUUGUGGCCAAGUGAGAUUUGUACACUGUCUCAUUGGAGAAGUGGGUGUAGGACUUGUAGAAAAUCUGGCAUAUAAUUGUGUGACGACUGUUUGUCUGUAUCUCCAGGCCACUGGCUUUUCUUCACCAUGCACAUACAUUCCUGUCAUGUCAUGAGCUAGAGAAGGAUUUGACAUGUGGAUGCGAUGAAGGCCUCAAACAUGAGUCUAUAUAUUCUCUGUUUCUUCAGCUUAUUACAGCGUUGAGCGUAAGGCUUCAACAUCGACUGAAAGUAACAUAUCAAAGUCUCCUACUUAAGCUCUACUGUUCAUUCUGCGAUGAACCUCCUUCGCUGGGAGUAGUGGUUGGUUGAACUCAAUCUCAUGAUCUGCUGUUGUCGUAAAGACAAUCUGGAAUCUGGGGUUAUGAAAGCUUGCUGUAGCACUGAUGUGAACGGAAAGUUUCGUUGUUCAAAUAGAUCUGAACAACUUGUAGUCUGUAGCUCUAUGGGAAAGUAAGACUUCCAUACAGGUGCCAAUCUCUCUGCUUCUCAUGUUUCUGGUACCACACAUCCAGGCUCAGACGUGUAUGACCGGAAGACGCCUGGUCUGGAAAUGAGUGUCAUCUCGUUAUCAGAUCAGUCAUAUCAGGCUAUUCUACCAUACUUGAACACCUCCUAUAAGUAUUAUCUUAAAAAACC